UUACGUAUAGGACCAGGGGUAGAAUGCAACAAUUCUGACAAUAUUAAUAUUUACAAUUAUAUUAGUUAUGUGACAAUUUCAAUUCAUUUUUACUCUUCAGUCAAAAGUGAAAACAUGAUUUUUAAAAAAAAAAAUGCUUACGUUUCAAGUCACUUUAAAUUUGUGAAAGUUCAGAUAUGAUAUUUUUCAAUUUUUCUCACAAUGGAAGUUCUACCGGACCAUCUACUUUUAAAAAUUUGUGGGAAAUUGAGGUUUGAAGAUUUGAGGAUCGUUUCAGUGAUUAACUCCAGAUUAUCUAGGAUAUCCUUGGAUCCAUUACUUUGGGCCAGGUUCCCCGUUAGUUCUGAUAGAAUUCUGUCUAAUAUUCAAGAGUUUACAAGUAUACGCAGGUUCAAGAAGCUUCGAAGGCUUGAGAUAAGUGCCUUAAGAAGAAGAGUUCUCAAACCUGAAGAUAUCUCAACUCUAUUCUCCUAUUUAUCCGCAAAUACCAAUAUCCAGUUUAUCAGGUUUUCCAACUUGGAUUUAAGUUCUGUUCCUGGAUUUCCGUUCUCCCAAGCUCUGGUUUCCGUCUCUUCUCUCUCUUUACAGGGAUGUGAUUUAACCACGGAGCAGUGUAUCGCUCUUCUCAGGUAGAAAUAUUCUAAG